GAGAGAAAAUGGGAGGGCUUUGAGAAAGAGGGACGGAGUAAGAGAAGCAUGCUUCCAGUGUUGGCUCGCUAAUACAGGCAAGAGGGGGAGAGACAGGGAGUCACACACUCAUACACUCUCUCUGUCACACACUUAUGCCGUCUCUCUCUCACACACACAUACACAUACACAUACAGAGUUCCAUACUGACAGAGUUGCCACAGAAUCAGGACCUGGGGACUGAAGAGAACUGGACCAGAACUCCCAUAAUUGGACCUGCGGGACAAGGUUUCUUUCUCAGGACUUGUAAAGCAGGACCGGUGCUCGGAGAUGACUGACACGUAGAGCCAUUCAUAAAGUAAGGGACAGAAAUCUGCAUCCAUCUUCUCCACACCUCCCUCUUCCCACUCAUCCCUCAUUCAUUCAUUCCUCUCUUCCUCGUGUCUCAGCGUGGGUGAAGGACACAGGACUGCCUGCUCCUCUGUGCUAGCUGCACACCACAGUGCACUCCUUCCUCUCUCCCUCUCACUCCCUCUCAUUCAUUCUCCGCUCUCUCCCUCGUUCCUGAAUGUCACCUCUGCAUGGGGGAGCCUUUGGAAUUUACAAACCUUUUCCCAAAGGCCAGAGAUGGAGCGAACGCUGAGGGGGCUAAAAGAGGACAGAAUCAGUCUUCCGUCCAAUUCCUUUCAUCCUCGCUUCUCUUUCUGUCAUCCCGUAAUCUGGACGUGAGCUUCUGGCAUUGUUUGAACCUGGUUUAGAUUUCUUCAUUUUUUUAAUGUAUUAUAAAAAUGAUUUCUUUGCUUUUGAAAUUGUGUCAUUUUGUAAUUGAAUUCCACUGCGGAUUGCCGCAUUUGUAGUUUUUUCCUGGAACAUUUCUGUACAUUGCAAUUUGCGUUUUUGAAUCUGGCUCGCACAAUGUUCUCUGCUGUGAGACACUGAUAACAUCUGGAGUCGAUGUAAAGCUGAAGUGUCUGCUCGAGGUUUCUCUGUGUGUGUGGAGCUGGGACUUACCGGACAGGUCAAUCUGCGACGGGACAAGAGACACAGACAGGUCAAAACUAGACAGAAGCAUGCUUUGUCAGUGCUUAGUUCUUCCAACAGCAACAUGACUCUGAUAAUAACUCACUGUCACACUCGAGGUCCGACACUGGCGUAUCAGAGCGACUUCUGAAACACGACACCAGCAACCCAACCAACAACUUCAGCAUCAAUAACAGCCUCCACCCUCAAGAGACUUUUCUUUAAUUUGUAUCUUUCUGGCUGUGCCCCGUUGCCCGUCUCUGUCCAUCAUCCUGGGUGGUUGGGCGGCUUGGCGGCUCAGUGACGCCCUCCGUGCCCCUUGGGUGAGCUGGGCACAGCAAGAUGGCCGCCCUCGCCAGCUCGCUGAUCCGGCAGCGCAGGGAAGUGAAGGACCAGCAGGCCAACCGGCAGAUCUCCAACAAGCGCAAACCCUGCCCCAAGAGCAACAAGUCUCUGUGUCAAAAACAGAUCCUCAUCCUCAUCUCCAAAGUGCGACUAUGUGGCAGUCGGGGGAGAAAACUGGAGAAGAGACCAGAGCCUCAGCUGAAAGGCAUCGUCACACGUCUGUAUUGCCGGCAUGGAUUCUACCUCCAGAUGUUACCAGAUGGCACCAUGGACGGCACAAAGGACGAAAACAGCUCCUUUUUGUUGUUCAACUUGAUUCCUGUGGGUCUGAGAAUAGUCGCUAUCCAGAGCACGAAGACGGGCCUCUAUGUUGCCAUGAACAGUGAAGGCUAUCUCUACACUUCCGAACACUUCACGCCGGAGUGUAAGUUCAAAGAGUGCGUGUUUGAAAACUACUACGUGACGUACUCGUCCAUCCUGUACCGGCAGACGCAGUCUGGACGAGCCUGGUACAUCGGCAUCAACCGUGAUGGGCAGGUCAUGAAGGGAAACCGUGUCAAAAAGACAAAAGGAGCCGCCCACUUCCUGCCGAAACUCAUUGAAGUGGCCAUGUACAGGGAGCCUUCGCUGCAUGACAUCGGUGAGCAGAGCCCACCACGGAAAACAGCCAAAACAUCAGACUCUCCUGUCAACAAUGAUGACAAGAAUGACCCGUUGCCUCCUAAAACUAGCGCCUCCUAGCGACCGGAGGAUAUAAGACUGGAGCAUACGCCAACAUACAAAGGGAAAUGGCAUGGGCAUGAUAAAAACAGUCAAUGCAGUCCUACUAUUGAUGCCAUUACCCAUGAUGCAGGAGCUCAAUGAACCCUGCCUGAUGGACUCCUCUUCUCCUGGUACCGCCUUCCUGUUUGAACCUGGGAAUUUUUUGAGCAAUAAGAACCCUGAGUUAUUCCAGGUGUGUGUUUUAAGAGAGAAAUGAGCUGUGACACCGUUCAGCACCUUUUUUUUUUUGCCUUUUGUCCGACCAGUGUCAGUUUCAAACACCAUCUCAUGACACCGGAAGAUCCUGACAUUUGGCCAUAUUGUUUUGGAAGCAUCUGUUCGUGUUAUCCUGUGCAGUCCUCCUCCUGUAUCUCUAAGCUGAGUGUAAUCUCCUCCUCGCCUCCUCUGCUGUUUGAUUAGUUUGUGACAUAGAGUCAAUUUUCCACUCCACAGCACAGGAAAAACCCAGCAUGUGCUCCAGGGUACCAUUAAGACACUCGCAUGCCUGUGUGAGGUUCACACACAAACACACACAUACACCUUAUACACUCACACACACUCACACACACACACACAUAAAGAAGGAAAUUUGAUUUAAAAAAAAAAUAACACACACAGGAGUAAUACACUCUCCCUUUCCUGUAUGAUAAUGCUAUAAAGAUAUACACCCCAAGGAGCUAAAAAGCUUUCUCUGCCCAUAUACAAUAGCCUCAAAACUGAUGAAAGUGUGUGUAUGUGUGAGAGGUGACUCGCGACUGUGGAAACUGAGGUACAUUAUCACUUUCUUUUGCUUUGAUUGGUUUUUCGCUGGAUGGCCUGGGAGCAAUACUCCUGCUGCUCUCCUGGUUCCUAUUCCAUUUCAUCUUGUCUUUUCUUUUCUUUUUCGAUAGCUGUUUAAGCCUGUUUAAUUUGACCAAAGGCAGUUACUGGAAAACCAAGCAAAAUGGAACAACAAGCAUAAAUUGUCUUUUGUCUUCUAAUAUUAUAUAAUGUACUCAGUAGUAUCACAUUCUUUUGAUUCAGAUUUUUCCAAGUAACAAUAACAUGAUAUUAGUGGCUUUUUCUUUACAUAAUGUUUCUAAUAAUUUUGUAUAUGUUGCCUAGCAGGGCUUUUAAACCAUAGAGAUGAUCCACUCCCCCUGCUUAUGAAAGUCUCUAAUCAGAAACGUCUGUCCUAAUUAAGAGCGACCUUCUUAUUGCUCUUGGUGAUGGUGUUCUGGAGCAGCUGAAAUAACAAUAAGUCUGAAAUAAUAGCAGAAAUAAUAAUAAUAGUUCAACAUCCCGAAAUACUGCAUCUGGGUGCAACAUGAAGGCACAAAGAGCACCCUGAGAUAAUGUGCUGACUGUAGAGAUGAAGAAAGAAUAGCAAUUUUGCUGUUUAGAUCAAUGCAAUGAUCUUCUCUAACUCCAGUAUGAAGGAAUUGUGGAAAGAUGAUGGAAAGAUAACAGAUAGCAGAUAACAGAUUGCUUCAUCAGUCUUAGGAAUCAUUGGCAUUUAUUUAUUGCACUGAAAAACUGGUCAACUUUAAAAUUAAAUAACAUUGAAAUAACAGUGAACUCCAACUUGCUUUAGAAUUUGCAACCAUGAAUUUAUUUAUAGCUCUAAGAGCCUUACAAUACAACAUAACAAUAUAAAAAAAAACAUUCUAUACACUCUGAAGGGCUAAUUUCAUCCAUAAAGUUCACUGUAUUCUCCAAUAGCUUAAGUUUGUCACAUAUUCUCUUGUCACAUGUCACAAAAUUGUCACAAAACAAUUUCCUAAUAAUGAAUAAAAGACCAGUAGGGAUAAAAAAGUAUGUGGAUGUUUUGAUAACUGAAGGUAAAAAGGAAGAUGCCUUGGAGGUUAAGCCUGAUUAAGACCUAGUGGCCUGGUCUUAUUAAUGACUGUAAUUACACUGCUAAAUUGCUCUUUUAGUCUCUCAUACUCCCUCUUGCCACAUUGUCUCAUGUGCCCAAGGCAGAGCUCGUUAUUUGCAUACACUUUCACAACUCAGACCAUUUUACGACCGAGGCUGAUUUCAACCGCAGCCAAUUACAGAGGAGAUUUACAAACGUUUUUAGGCUAUGUAACUAGCUGAGAUUCAUCUACAACUAAUUACACUACAAACAUGACUUCUGUGGUAGAAUUUCAAAAUGGUCGGGAUUACUUUAUAUUAAACAAGGAGCUCCUGUUCUUAAAAAGCUUGACUCUGGAGGAAGUUUCCGAUAAACUAUAGCUAGCUAAAGGAUCGUUAAUGAAAGCCCGUUUUUGUUCAUGAGAUCAAUUUAAAUGUAUGUCUGCAUGCUUGACGUGAUUUUCUCAGCUUUCUAUGAGGAUGAUAAGCUUGAGAAAGAACAUCUGAAGUCUUGGUUAAAAGAGAGGGGGAGAACUUGCUGUAUAUUGUGAAGUUCUUCAUUUAGUUUCUAAGCCUGGCUACUGUUAAACAAUUCAUUUAAGUUCUUUUUAGGUAAUGGCAAUUCCAACUUGUACAGCCAAACAAUUCAAAUGGUUUGUGUUAGAGUAUGCCUAUAGCAAAAGCCAAUUAUCUCUUCCCUUGAUGCACUGAGUGCUUUCAUUUGCAUAACUGCCAAAUUGAAAGUCAUGGCUAAAUAGUUAUGUGGAAUUGAAGUCAGAGUUGAAUUGGUGGUGAUGGCAGUAUAUUUUGUGUAACUGUUUUGUAUUUGCAUCUACACCAAUUUAAUUGUAUCACAAACUGAGUGGGAAGGAGAUGCAGUUAUGAGUAUAAUCCUUUUAAUAAAACUUUACAAAUUUACAGGCACAUUCAUGGUCAGAAAGUAGUAUAUAUAUAUAUAUAUAUAUAUAUAUAUAGACAGAGAUAAUGAACGUAAGUGACAGACAGGUAUGAUCAAUAACUAGGUGAGUUGCUAUUGUAACGUAUUUUUCAAAUCAAUUUACUAAAAUUGAAGUUGGCAUACCCAGUUUAAAGUUAAAACUUACACAGGUCAUUACACCACAACACACUAGAAGGAAACAAAUGUAAGUUUUGAUUUUAAAAAAAUCUGAGAGCUCAUCCUUGGUACUGUAGAUGGAGACAAAGUUCAUUAAUAAGAUUUUUGGGUUCAAUAAUUUUAACUUGCAUACUGUAAGUAUUUUGAAAGCCAGGUAAUAUAACAAACACAAUGAAUGUGAUGUUAGCAUAUUUCAAAGGGCAGUAGAAGCAAAGAUUCCCAACUGGUGACCAAAAGACUGUGCGGUCAAAUCCCAGGACUGCCAAAGAGCCACAGUUGGGCCCUUAAGCAAAACUCUUAACUUUCAGAUCCUCGCUAUGAUAGACUUGGUUUCUGGUUUACAAGUUUGCCAAAAGUAUAAAUGAAAAUGAAAGAAUUAAGUAUUAAUUAUUGACAAGAGUGCUUUAAUUUUCAUUUCAUUAAAUUUAACAUUAACAAUUAAUUAUAAGUUAUUGUUUGUAUACAAUGUGAUUUAAAAAUUCUCUUUGGUUGUACAAAAUGGCUUUACCAGCCCUGUGGCUCUUCUCCAAAUACAUCGGUGAAAAAAAUAACUUAAAACAACGUUAAUUAAAAAAAUUCUAAAAAGAGUAACUACAUAAUAGCUCAUAAUUUGUUUCAGCCAAUUUAUGUUCAUCGGCAUCUUCCGCAUCAUCAACAAAAGAGUGAUGAAUCUAAAGUGGCAGAUUGAUCUAAAACUUUCAAAUGACACCCAAUACUCCAAUUUUAAUCUCUUCCUGCAAACUCUCCUGGGGACAAAAAUUAAAAAACGAUCCAUACGGCUAGCAGAUCAUUUUACAGAUCAUUAUGAUAAAAUGAUGCUGUGCCAUCUGCAAUACUCCACCACCUGCUGAAAAAAGGAGCAUUAUACUUAUUGCUGUUUGCACUGCUUCAGCUUCAGGUACAGGCUUACAUUGAUCACACAGUGAGCUGUGUUUAUGAAAUCUACAUAAAAUGUAAAAUGAGAUCAUUUAGCCAAUAUAUGCCGCUGUGUAGUGUUUCCCAGCUUCUACUUAUUGGUAGAUUUUAUGUUUUAAAUAUUUUUUAUUCAGUAUUUCACUUAAAAGGUGUGUAUCAUUUAGCUUGAGUUAGUAUUCUUGAGUUAGUUCCUGAAAGUUACUUUGCAGUGAUCCUUAUCCAAAAAACAAUCUAUGUUGUAGAAAUUGUUUUCUUGCUCAUUUAUUUAUGAAGUUGUGAUGUGUGGUGUUGAUUUCUUUCCAAUAUCUAAACUUUUCUCUGCUUUAUCAGAAUUCUGUGUAUUUCUGACUCAAACUUAUUGGAAUUCCUUCAUAACUCAGAUAUGACAUCAAAGAAUUAUUAACGUGUGUGUGUGUGUGUGCGUGUGCGCGUGUGUUCCAUGUCUUCCCUCUAUUGUCUUCCUUCUGUUUCUACGUCAGUAAGAAAUGAGUGUCUUAAAUGGGUGUGUAUAACACAGUUGCUGCCUGGUAUGUCUUAUGUGUGUGUGUCCAUGUGAGUGUGUGUGAGAGAGGAAAGAAAAGAGAGAGAUAAAUGAGGCAUGUAGAGUUACAAAAGACAAAUCUAUAUGCUGUACCCUGGAUAGACAAGCUCUGCCAAGCAGAUUGAAUGAAGUGUAUUCAAAGGAAACGUGCCCAAUCUGAGUGAUGCUUGGUGGAGGAGUGUUGCGUAUUGUGAAAAUGUGUGUGUAUGUCUGUGUGUGUCAGUUUGAGGUGUAGCCCAAACCCUGCAUCUGCAAUGCAGCAGAAAAGACAAAAAAAAAAAAGAAAGAAAGAAAACCCAGCCCUCCUCACAUGGUCCAACUAAACGGUGAUUCCCUCCGAGCGGUGGCUCUCCUCUCAGGCGCUACAGUAAUUAUUACACUCUCCUGUUUCCCCCUUGUGGAAACUUUACUCUUUUUUUCCCCCCUUUAUGUUGAGCUGCGGUUAUGUAGAUAUAGAGGAGUACACACCCAAGUGUCUCCAUUGUUUCAAGAUUUUAAAGUGAUUUUUUUAUGUGAAAAUCUGACACAAUAUAUUAUCAGUCUACAAUGGUGAUGAAUUUAAAGCCACUCUAAACAUUAUACAAUAUGGAUUUUAUGAUUAAACCCUCUCAGAUGAAUUCAGUGGAGUAAGCAGACUGGUCAAAGUGUGAAAUUAGUUUUUCUGAGUUACUGUUGAAGAUGUGUGAAAGACGAGUGUUGUGUCAUAAUAUAUACAAGCCAAUCAGGUUCCAAUAUGCAAAUACAGGCCAUGUAACACUGUUUUAUCAGGAAUAGGAAAAGUGGGUGAAGUCCAUGUAGGGUUGGGGAUAUCACAGAUCAGGAUUUCUUGAUGUGGGUAAAAGUCUACGUACUUUUGUGCCUUUUAUGUUGUGUAAUGAAUUCUUUUGUAAUCACCACAUUAAGUAAUUUAUGAUUCAAUAUCAGAAGAAAGUACUGGAUUUCAAAUGAGAUUGUUUAUUUGUUCUAAAGCCAUUAGAGUGUUUACUGGCCUUGUGUGGGUCUCCAUGUGCCAUGUCACUGAUAAGCACUUUUUUUUUAUUUGCUUAUUUGAUGGAGUUCUGAUUACGACUGGAUUUUUACUGACAUGUUGAUGUAAGCAUACGCCUCUGCAUCAUGACUAAUAUUGCAAAGCCUAUGAUUCAUUCCUGUCUGGGAAAGUGUGAAAUGCGAGUGUAGUAUAAAACCUACAGUCUACGAAUGAAUUAACCAGGACUUUCUGAACAGCGGCCCACACUGUCACUCAAAAGGUGACAGAGCUCAUGACCUUUCACCUUCGUCAGUUAUGUACCUGGAACUUCUGCAGCAAUAUGGACUGCUUGUUUUGGUUAUUACUCUCCUUAUUAAAACACGCACACCUUAUAGCCAUGUGUGUGACCUACUCUGAUUGGAUAGAUUACUGUAAAGAAGUCUUCCAAAAAGGAUUUUAAAAAUGAACUAUAUUGUUUUUUUUCUUGUCUUCCAAACCAAGACAGUUCAACAGUCUUCCAGUGACACUAUUUUUUAUAACAGAAAAGGACAAUCCAAGUGGAAUCGUGUGAGGAUUGGUUUCACAAAAACAACACAAAGCCUAACCACAUGGCACCAAAAACAUAACCAUAGACUGUUAGAAGAGGUUUGAAGGACACAUGCUUGAAGACUCUGAUGCCUGAAGCAAAAUGACAUGAAUGAAGAAUCCUGAAAGCAACCAUACUCUAAAAGCAUGCAUGAACCGACAUUUACUGGACACAUUUAAAAAAAAAAUCCCUAUUUAAUAAGUCAACGUGACCCCAUCCAUUAUACCUUCCCCCCAUCCAUCCUCAGCCCUGCAUUUGCAAUAGAAUCUGUAUCUAUUUCUAUAAUAACUUACACAAAGUCUGAAGAAGACAUAUUAUUGGAUAUUAUUGAAUAAAACUAAUAUAUUUGUAUGAUUGUAAAAAUGGUGUCCUAGAGUUUUAUUUGUGCUUUUCUGUGCUGUUGGAGUCACUCUGCUGUUAUUAGUGAUGUCUUUGUAUUCCAAUCAGGUAUCUAGUAUGAAAAGAAAUGGUUAUGGAUCUACUGGUUAUGGGUUGUUAACUGUGAGUUAACUAUGAUCAUUCAGCUGGAAUGCGGACCAAAAAAGGGGAUAAAAGCAAGUCAUUAAUUAGAAUAAAUGCAUAGCACAGGAAAGCUGGAUGAGCGCAUGCGCAGAUAUUAUGUACAUGAGUCAUAUUCCCUUGAUAUACGAUAAAGAGCUAAGAGAGUGAACUAACAAAAUCAUGUCAGCCGUCAUACUGAUGUAGUAGUCUUGCGAUAUAAAACUCAAUUUGUAAUGUUAUACAUUUAAAUUUACAUUAUUUACAUUUAUAAACAGCUUUGUCUGCCUUUAAGAAGAAAAUUGCAUCAUAUUUCAAGGUCUACUGGGAAAGG